AUGUAUGGCUCGCCGAUCUGGGCCAACCAUCUUUCGCCCCAAAACCGGACUAUACUUGGCAGGUUGCAGCGGUUGAUGGCUACCCGAGCAGUGCGUGGAUACCGCACAGUAUCAAAGGAUGCGGCAUGCCUGCUCGCGGGAAGCAUCCCGUGGGACCUAGACGCUCGAGCCCUCGCCGACGUAUAUUGGCGUUGCGCAGCUGUCCGCGCGGAGGGUGGCAACCCUCUUCCGGACGCCGUACGUCGGUGGAGGAACUCAGCAGAAGAGAGGGCGAUUGACCUCUGGGCAGAACGGCUCGAGGAACCGACCGUUAGCAUUGCCCUAGUGACGGCGAUCCGCCCCAUAUUCAGGGAAUGGAUCAAACGCACACAUGGUGCGCUAUCCUUUCACCUCACGCAGAUGCUGACCGGGCACGGUUGCUUCGGUCGGUAUCUGUGUGAAAUAGCGCGUAGCGAGGUCACCACAGAGUGCCACCACUGUGGAGAGGAACGGGACACUGCCGAGCACACCAUCACGGCCUGUCCCGCCUGGGCGACACAACGCGCGGCGCUAACUGCCGCUAUCGGUGAGGACGCGACUCUCCCAGCCCUCUGCAGGGCCUUGGUCGAGAGCGGAGAAAAGUGGUCUGCGGUCGAGACGUUCGCACAUAGCGUCAUCUCGACCAAAGAGGAGGCCGAGCGCAUAAGGGAGCGAGAGGCGCACGGUCACCGGCGAAGACGGCCAAGGCGAAGACGUCGCAACGGACGCGACAUUCCGCCUUAG